UUUGAAUCAAAAGGUUGCAUCAAACAUUAAAUAAUUAUGUACCAUAAUUGGGAAAGAGGUGGCACACAUACUUGAAGCAUUAUCAGCGAAAAAAUUCCUAAUUCCGCUUAUAGAUUUUAUAAUAGAUUUUUAAUAAAUCCCCUAAUCAAAAGAUUAAUUUUACGAACGAAAUAAAAGGAUUUUGGGUCCCAACAAACAAUUUAGUUACGUGACAAGCAAGCGGUAAAUGCACAGUGAAUAAUGAAAAAAAUUACACUCUUUAUGAUCAUUAUUUGCUUUGAACGAAAUCUCUCCUACAAAGUGAUGUAUAAUGGCAACAACAACGUGACUGACCUGGUCGAGUACGUUUUACUAAAUGAAGAUAACCCUUGCGCAAGAAAAUGUGUAAAAGAUUCGGUACCAAUGACAUGCAGGUACACUUUCCUACUGGAAUGGUACCACACAUUGAGUAAAGCUUGCUACGAUUGUCCUUACAACACCCAAGACUGCUAUCGGGAGGACUGUAUACCGGGUGAUGGCAAUAAGCGGUCCAUUAUUGUAGUCAACCGCAAAAUGCCAGGACCCAGCGUUGAGGUUUGUUUGGGUGACGAAGUGAUAAUAGACGUUGUGAACCACUUAUCUAGUGAUAGUACCACUAUCCAUUGGCAUGGCCACCACCAAAAAAACAGCCCUUAUAUGGACGGGGUACCAUUUGUAACCCAGUGUCCCAUCCAUCCUGGUAUGACCUUCCGGUACCAUUUCAAUGUCCAUAAUUCCGGGACGCACUUCUGGCACUCUCAUUCAGGUUUCCAAAGAUCCGAUGGUACUUUUGGCCCAUUUAUCGUGCGAGUGCCUGAAGAAGACAACCCACAUGCGAAACUCUACGACUAUGACUUGUCAAGUCACGUUAUCACGAUUCUGGACUGGACCAAGGAGGAUGGUACUGAUAAGUUCAUGUCCCAUAUUCACAACGACGGUGAUAAUAAACCGGACACCAUUCUUGUUAAUGGGUUUGGAAGGUUUAAACAUUUCGUUGGUGCAGAUAACAGUACCGUUUUUGUACCAACGGCCCGAUUUACAGUUGAACAGGGUUACAGGUAUCGAUUUCGCGUGAUCAACGCCGGGUUCUUGAACUGUCCCAUUGAAGUGUCCAUUGAUAACCACACUCUUAGCGUUAUCAGUACCGAUGGUAGCGACUUUAACGCGACUGAAGUCGAUAGUUUGGUAACGUACGCCGGCGAAAGGUUUGAUUUUAUUGUCACCGCUGACCAGCCUCAAGACGUGUAUUGGAUGCACUUUAGAGGUUUGAUGGACUGUGAUGAACGUUUCACUCGAGCUUACCAAGUGGCAGUACUCGAAUAUAAAGGUACACAAACCAACUAUCCAUCAUAUGAACCCACCUAUGACAAUUCAAGAAGAGAAGGCAAACAAUUGAAUCCCUUAAAUAAAGGUACAGAAGCCGACAGUUCGUUUGUUACGCUACCUCAGCUCCACUCACUGGACGAGUGGGACGACACCCUCAAAGAAAAAGCCGAUUUUCAGUAUUACGUUUCGUACGAUUUCUACAAAAUGAAUCACCCUGUAUAUCACAAAGACCCACAUUAUGGUUUCCAUAAUGUCACAAAUACGACUUUGCAAAAUUUGACACCGCAAUUAAACUACAUUUCGAUGAAACUCCAAUCGUUCCCCUUGUUGUCACAAAGGCACCAAAUCGAUGCUAAAAUGUUCUGUAACGAAUCGUCGGUCAGCAACUGCGAGAAUGAAUAUUGCGAAUGCACCCACGUAGUCAAUAUUCCUUUAGGUACAGUUGUUGAGAUGGUGCUUAUUGACAAAGGGUACGCUUACGACGCUAAUCACCCGUUCCACCUCCACGGUCAUUCCUUCCGUGUGGUUGCAAUGGAACGUGUAGGGUCACACGUUAACGUUUCGGAAAUUUUGAAAAUGGACCAGAAUGGACAAAUUAAGAGAAACCUAGUAGAUGCCCCUCUCAAAGACACUGUGACUGUCCCAGACGGUGGUUUUACAAUUAUCAGAUUCAAAGCAACAAAUCCGGGUUAUUGGUUGUUCCACUGUCAUAUUGAGUUUCACGUCGAAGUUGGAAUGGCUCUUGUUUUCAAAAUCGGGGAAGAUUACGAAAUGCCGCCGGUUCCGAAAGAUUUUCCCCAAUGUGGUGAUUAUGUCCCGAGUGGAAAUAGUACAGUUGACUGUGAUGACGUUGGCACUUUUGGUGCAAUCUUGAAGAAAUUAUUACCGAAAGUAUACGAGGAUUAUUGUCCGACUUCGAAUAGUGGAAGUGUGAGGAUGUCUCACUUGGGUACUUUAGUGCCAUUGAUACUGUUUAUGUUGUGGGGUUGAUUUGUAUUAGUGAAAUUUCGUAACCAAUGUGAUACUUUUUAGAAUGUACCUAUUUGUUAAAUUAUUAAAUAUUUUAGAUACAAA